AUGCAAGCAUUGAAGAUUGUAUUGUUUUCGGUUUCCGUCGCGUUGAUCGAAUCUAACUCGUCGACAACUGAAGAAAACCCAUGGCGGAUUGCCAAUGGUGAUGAUUUCAUACCCGAAAAAUAUCCGUACGUAGUUGGUUUUUUAGGGCAUCUUGAAAAUUCAAGUACGAUUUGCACGGGCACUCUGGUAACGGCAUUGUUCGUGCUGACCGCUGCUCACUGCACUGAUGGACUGAAAGCAUCUAAUAUUACGAUACAUCUUGGAAGUUUAAAUGGUGAAGGUGUGGGUGUUGAGAAAUAUUUCCAACACGAAAAGUACAAAAUCUUCGAGAAAUCUGAUGUGUCUUUGCUGAAAAACAGUGAUUCUUAA